AAUAACUUUGUCAAUGAGCUCCUACGAAGAAGAAGCUCUCGUGAUGGGCAGAAAGUGUUCAUAAAGACUCUCGGCCGCCUGUGCUAGCGACUUCAAUUUCUACUGUACCACAGAGAGCAGACAACCCCACAGCUCAAUACCUCCUACCCUACUCCCUCACACACUACAUACCUCCCCACAACACAAUCGAACAGAAGACCCCUUCCCAUCCAUUAUCAACAUACGAAUAACAUGCCGGCUCUCGAUGUCAUCAUCGUCGGCGCGGGCCUCGGCGGCCUGGCAGCAGCAAUCGGCACCUCUCUGGCGGGCCACAAUGUGACGAUAUACGAGCAGGCCCACCACCUCGCAGAGGUCGGUGCAGGAAUCCAAGUGCCACCCAAUGCCUCUCGCAUCCUCGCCAAAUGGGACCUCGUCGAUGAAUUCAACAAAGUCUCCGUCUCACCGCACGCCUUCCGUCUCCGCGGCUACGCCACCGGCAACCUCCUGAGCGAGCAGCCACUGGUGCCAAUGACGAUGGAUGCCUACGGCGCACCGUACUGCAACGUCCACCGAGCCGACUACCACAACCUCCUCGUCGACAAGUGCCACGCUCUCGGCGUCAAGGUGAUGCUGAACUCCCGCGUCGUCUCCGCCGACUUCAACGCGCCAUCCAUCACCCUCUCCACAGGCGAGGUGCUGACCGCAGACCUCGUCAUCGGCGCCGACGGCCUCAAGAGCAACCUCCGCUCCCUCCUCCUCGGCGGCCCCUCCCCCCCAUACCUAACCGGCGACCUCGCCUACCGCAUCCUGAUCUCAGCAGAGCUGAUGCGGGCAGACCCCGAGCUCGCCGAGCUCGCUUCCAAGCCCAUAAUCAACGUCUGGAUGGGCCCUCGAGCGCACGCGGUGUGCUACCUGCUCAAAGGCGGCGAGGUAUACAACAUCGUGCUGUGCUGCCCGGACAACCUCCCGGCGGACGUCAACAUCGCACGCGCGGACCCGGGCGAGCUCGCGUCGUUCUUCUCGACGUGGGACCCGCGCCUGCAGAAGCUGCUCUCGCUGUCGCACGACGUGUCCAAGUGGCGCCUGCAGAACAGCCGCGAAAUGCAGACGUGGGUGCACCCCGCGGGGAGGUUCACGCUGCUCGGCGACGCCUGCCACGCCACCCUGCCGUAUCUAGCCCAGGGCGCGGCCAUGGCCGUCGAGGACGGCGCCGUCAUCGGUGCCCUCCUAGCGAAGGUCGAAGCCAAGGAACAGAUCCCCGACGUGCUGAAGCUGUACGAGACGCUGCGGAAGAACAGGACCGAGAAGGUCGUCAAGGCCAGCACCCAGCACAGAGACGUGUUCCACCUCGAGGAUGGCGAGUUGCAGCAGCAGCGGGAUGCCAUCCUGCUCGCUGACAGCCGUGCCCCCGGGUUCCCGAAUAAGUGGCGAGACGAGGAGUUCCGUGACUGGUUGUUCGGGUACGACGCGUUCGAGCAGGCGAACCAGGGCUGGGAGAAGUACAAGCUGACAUACGAGAGCACUCGGUGA